GACAAUAUUUUAUACGAUUCAGAUUCGAUUAUUUAAUAUUGUCGAAAACCACAUAGAUUUUUUCCCAUCAUCAUCAUCAUAUUAUUACUGUAUGGGUGGUCAAAAUGUUAAAACUUUAUCGUUCUACUUCAUUUGUCUGUAACAUCUGUAAAAAUGGAUCAAAAUUUUUAUCACAACAUUCUAGUUCAUCAUAUUCCAAUAAAAUUCGAACAACAUUCAAUGUAAACAAUAUCAAUUUGUUCAUAAACCAAAGAACUUUUUGUGCUGAAUCUCAACAACAACAACAACAACAACAAAGUCAACAAAGCAUAUUACAAGAAUCGCACAAUGUUUCGAUUAUUAAUGAUCAAAAUGAAGCAGAAUUUCCAGGUGCACGAUCAAAAUUCGUAACGAAUCUUCAAUUUUUUGAUCCAGAUCAUUUUGAAAACAUACCAGUUUAUCGUGUUAUGAAUCGUGAUGGCUUAGUAUUGGAUGAGAAACAAGAUCCGAAUCUAGAUAAAGAAUUUAUGACCAAAAUAUAUAAAGGAAUGACUCUACUGAAUUCAAUGGAUCGUGUUCUCUAUGAAUCACAACGACAAGGAAGAAUAUCAUUUUAUAUGACCAACUAUGGUGAAGAGGGAACACAUUUUGGAUCAGCUGCAGCAAUUUCCAAUAAUGAUCUUGUUUUUGGACAAUAUCGUGAAGCUGGUGUACUGAUUUGGAGAGGAUUCGAAAUUGAUAAACUAAUGGCUCAAUGUUAUGGAAAUAGUGAAGAUUUACAUAAAGGUCGAUCAAUGCCUGUUCAUUAUGGAACAAGAGAUCUUUGUUUUGUAUCAAUAUCAUCACCAUUAUCUACACAGAUGCCACAAGCGGUUGGUGCUGCAUAUGCAUUCAAACGACAGAAUCAACAACGUGUCGUCAUUUGUUAUUUUGGUGAAGGUGCUGCAUCCGAAGGUGAUUUUCAUGCUGCAUUGAAUUUUGCCGCAACAUUAUCAGCACCUGUAAUAUUUUUUUGUCGGAAUAAUGGCUAUGCCAUAUCGACACCUACACAUGAACAAUAUCGUGGUGAUGGUAUCGUUUGUCGUGGACCAGCAUAUGGUAUACCAUCAAUUCGUGUAGAUGGUAAUGAUGUUUUGGCAGUUUAUAAUGCAACAUUAGCAGCGAAAAAAAUUUGCCUAGAAGAAUCACGACCAGUUUUAAUCGAAGCAAUGACAUAUCGAAUUGGCCAUCAUUCAACAUCUGAUGAUUCAAGUGCAUAUAGAAGUGUGGAUGAAGUUAGAAGCUGGGAUCAAAAAGAUCAUCCAAUCACACGAUUACGUAAAUAUCUUGAACAAAAAGGAUGGUGGGAUGAAGAUCUUGAAAAAUGUUGGAAAAAUGAAGCAAAACGUUUAGUGAUGACUGCAUUCGUCAAAGCUGAAAAAUUACCAAAACCAAAUUAUAUGGAAAUGUUUGAAGAUGUUUAUGAUGUGAUGCCAAAAUCGUUGAUGCAACAAGCUGAAGAGCUUAAAGAACAUCUGAAAAUUUAUGGUGGCAAUUAUCCAAUUUCAAAUUUCAAACAAAAUUAAUGAUUUUUCUAUUUGUCUAGAAUGUUUCUAAUAUUUUAAUAAUAAUGUAAAUUCGAUUUUGCUGUUGUUGUCGUUGUUAAAAUAUGUGUUUCACAAAGCAAAUGAUAAAAGAAAAAAAAACAAAACAAAUUUUCGAAUAAAACUAGAGAUAAAUUGUACUAAGAUUAAAAGUGAAAUGUUCCAAAUUCCA